CUGCGUUCAUGUGUGUGAACAUGUGUGUGUGUGUGUGUGUGUUUGGGUGAGAGGCACAGGGAGCACUUCCACAGCUGCUCCAUGCAGGAGCGGGACCACUGGGGGGAGGGGCACCAAGACCAGGGAGCUCGAACCCAGAAGCAAUCAUCGAGCAUCGGGGAGGAUCGAGCCAUUCUGCUGGGCUUCACCAUGAUGGCCUUCUCCGUGCUCAUGUUCUUUGUGGUCGGCAUCACCGCGGUCAAACCGUUCAUUAACAGUCACUGGGAGGAGAACAGCAGCUGUGUGCUACAGCAGACCGCCAUCUUGGAGAGGUGGGUGGACUGCAGGGGUGUGAGCUCCAUGCCCUGCCUAACGGUGACGGUUUACAUCAACGGCUCUGUUGAUGAGGUUUUUCUCCACUUGGACGAAGAGUCAGUCUUUCUACCGUCUGUAGUAAGUGCUUGCAACCAUCCUGUUUUCCACUGCAGCCCCAGAAAGUUUACAAUUGUUGACUCAAAAUUUGAGUUUACAAAAAUCCAAACUCACUGUGAUCAUUCUAUGAGAUUUUGGUCUCUUGGAGCCAGCAGGCAUUUCCUGUUUGAAACGCUAGGGGGGAGGGGUCACUCAGUCCGGUUCUCUUAUAAAGCCAAUGAUUCAGACACAGAAUCAAGUGAUGGUAACGCCUUUCUUCCUUUGCAGUGCUUUUACAUACCAAACUGUCAGCUGAGCCAUGAAGAACUCCACAAGGAAGUACAAAUUGUAGAAAACAACCUGACAGGUCACCAGGGGAGCACGUUCCCGUGCUUCAGCAGCCAGAAACCAUACCUCAGCCACGCCAUCUUACGCAGGAAGUACACACUGAGCCGGACCCUGUUUUGCCUGCUCUGGCCCUGCCUGAUGCUGGUGGGGGGAGUUGCGCUAGUAGGCCUGGUAAAGCUGACACAGUGGCUGGGCCGCCUGUCGUCUAGGGCGGGCAGCGAGGCGGCCAGGUGCCGGGGCCUAGCCGACACAGAGGGCGUUCUGUACAGGCUGCUGCAAGGCUCCAGCCCACAGUCUCCUACCUGAUAUGCCGCAAAAGCAACCAGGCCUGCACUGGACAAAGUUGUUUUGAGGAACACUAAAGUUUGAAGACUCAGGCUUUGCCCUCGUCACUUCUUCAGUGCAGCCUGAUCCAAACACAGACCCAGCAGUGACUGACAACAUGAAAGGUCAAAGGUUAAGUGAAGGUCUGGAUAUGAUCCAAAACAAGAUCUGCACAGAUACUUCAGCCAAAAAGAACUUUUUGUAAAAAGUUGGAUCUUUAAAAGACUAAUAGACCUGCACUCCACCAAGGAAAAUCAUUGCAACUCUUCUAAAUUGUCUGUUUUUUAGCUUCAAUCCAGGACCUUGAUUUUUUUAUUUUUUUAUUUUUCAAAAACUCAUUUAAACUGGAAUUUAUGUUGUCAAGAACCAUAUCAGCCGGAAAAGCCUUUGCUCAUGAACCGACGGUUUCAAACCAACCCCCAUCCUGUUGUUUUAAAUCAGCUUCAGUGAGGCUGAUGAUGAGAGGCCCUUAAAAGAACUUUCUUUCAAAGAACAUCCAGCCCAGAAGAACCCACUUCAGGAGCAAUCGGAGAGCAAUUGAAACACAAAAAAGCGGUACAGUCCGACCUCUCUGAUGAGCCGUCACCAUCUUCUGUCAGAGCUCUGAGAUAAUGGAGUUACUUUAGUUCAUGGAGAGGUCCUUUCUGACAACGAUGGUUAAAAAAAAAACUUGAAAUUUUUAUUUUUAUUUUGGGGAUGAACUCUUGUGCUAUGACCCCACCCUUACAUUGACGUGUU